AUGGUCUGGGAUAACCAGACAUGGAUGAAUGAAUUCAUUCUGCUGGGACUGUCCAGUGACUGGGACACUCAGGUGUCUCUCUUCAUCCUUUUCCUGGUCAUGUAUCUGGUGACUGUGGUGGGGAACUGCCUCAUUAUCCUCCUCAUCAGACUGGACAAUAGGUUGCAUACCCCCAUGUACUUUUUCCUUAGUGUCCUGUCCUUUGUGGACAUCUGUUAUACCAACAGCACUGUCCCACAGAUGCUCAUUCACUUCCUGUCUGCAUGGAAGUCCAUCCCAUUCCAUAGCUGUGUGUUCCAGAUGUUCAUCUCCUUGGCAAUGGGCAGCACAGAGUUCUUCCUGUUGGGAGCCAUGGCUUAUGACCGCUAUGUGGCCGUGUGCUACCCACUGCACUACAUGGUCAUCAUGCACGGAGGGCUGUGCCUGGGGCUGGCUGUUGGCUGCUUGGUGGCUGGUUUCACAAAUUCCCUGAUGCAAACAAUCCUCAUCUUCCAGCUGCCUCUGUGUAGGAAUGUUAUUGAUCAUUUCGCCUGUGAAAUGCUGGCUGUGUUAAGGCUGGCUUGUGUAGACAUCUCCUUCAACAUGGCCAUGGUGGCCAUCUCAGGAUUUCUGGUACUCAUGCUUCCCUGUUUCAUGGUCCUCUUUUCAUAUGGCCAGAUUGUUGCUGCCAUUUUACGUAUCAGUUCAGCCCAGGGACGCCACAAAGCAUUUGGGACCUGUGCCUCCCACCUCACAGUGGUUUCCAUGUGCUUUGGGGCUGCCAUCUUCACCUACCUGAGACCUGAUGCUGGCUCUUCAACUGAACAGGAAAAAAUGGUAGCCUUGUUCUAUGCUGUGGUGACCCCCAUGCUAAAUCCCUUAAUCUAUAGUUUGAGAAACAAAGAGGUGAUGAGUGCUCUAAGAAGAGUUUUGGGAAAGUUUAGUGAAGAAAAUUAA